AGCCCCGCUGUCCCUAGGCCACCCGCCUGCCUCCCCCAGAGCGAGGAGGAAGUACCUUGUGCUGUCAGUUUUGGGGACAGGAAGCAAACAGCAGAGAGACGUGUAUGGUGCUCACUGUGGAUGUGGUGGGGCCGGCGCCCUGGGGCUUCCGCAUCACUGGGGGCAGGGAUUUCCACACGCCCAUCAUGGUGACCAAGGUAAAUGAACGGGGCAAGGCUGAGGCUGCCGACCUCCGGCCUGGUGACAUCAUCGUGGCCAUCAAUGGGGAGAGUGCAGAGGGCAUGCUUCAUGCUGAGGCUCAGAGCAAGAUCCGCCAGAGCGCAUCCCCCCUGCGACUGCAGCUGGACAGGUCUCGGGCUGCCUCUCCUGGACAGACCAAUGGUGACAGCUCCUUGGAAGUGCUGGCCACUCGCUUCCAGGGCUCCCUGAGGACACGCCCCGACAGCCAGUCCUCCCUGUGGUCCUCCUACUCCAGCCCAGCCUCCCUCAGCCCCCGGCCAGGCAGCCCCUUCACCCCGCCUCCCAGCAGCCCCCUGGGCCUCAUGGGAGAGGCACCUAUUGGCCACAGCUUCCAGAGCCUCACCCACUCGGCUGCCCUCCCCAGCGCUGCUGCGGACCGCUUGUCCUGCCUGUCCCCCGGGAGCCGCCCCACAGGCCGCCAGGCCAGCUUGAGCCGCGAGGUGGACUUGGCUGUGCGGGCGCUGCCCGCGCGGUGCUCCAGCCCGAGGAUCAGCAGCCCGAACUCCGAAGCCGGGAACCUCCUGCUGGAGGAGGACUCGGAAGUGUUCAAGAUGCUGCAGGAAAACCGCGAGGGUCGGGCGGCCCCUCGCCAGUCCAGCUCCUUUCUGCUCCUGCAGGAGGCUCUGGAGGCGGAGGAGAGAGGCGGCAUGCCUGCCAUCGUGCCCAGCUCGCUGAGCCCCCAGUCCUCCCUGCCUACGUCCAGGGCCCUCGCCGCCCCGCCCAAGCUCCACACCUGUGAGAAGUGCGGCGCCAGCAUCGCGAACCAGGCUGUUCGCAUCCAGGAGGGCCGGUACCGCCACCCUGGCUGCUACACCUGUGCGGACUGCGGGCUGAACCUGAAGAUGCGCGGCCACUUCUGGGUGGGUGACGAACUGUACUGCGAGAAGCACGCCCGCCAGCGCUACUCGGCACCCUCUGCCCUCGGCUCUCGGCCCUGAGCCUGGGGCACCCCGGGCACCGCCCUGUGUUGGGCAAGUUGGCAGGGCAGGGAAGGGGGCAGUGGGAGGUGGCACUGAUAUGAAGUAAGUUUCGGGACACAAGACCCCUUAGUCCUCGCUGGAUGAGGCCAAGGACUGGGACCCUUCUGGGGCUUGGGUGCUGAGGGUAACCCCCCGCUCCCAGCCUUUCCCCGGUAGGCCAGGCACCGUGCCACAGGCUGAAGUGGCUGCCACGUUUGAUACUAGUACAGGGUGGGGCAGAGACAGAAGGGUCUAGAAGGAGAGGGGUCUAGAAUACCAGCGGUAUUCACUGUGCGAAGUGUUGGACAUGAGCUCUAUAAAUAUAUGUAUAUGCGUGCACACAAUCAA